AUGAGUGGAUUCCUUUACAAGCAUGUGUUGCUCGUCGGAGCAACCUCAGGAAUCGGCAGUGGAAUGGCAGACCGUCUGGUCGAAGCUGGGAUCAAAGUAACAGCAGUCGGACGGCGGAAGGAGCGCCUGGACGAAUUCGUCCAGAAGCACACUCAGAAGAUGACUCAGGGACUGGUUUUCGAUGUGGGUGACAUUGGCAAGGCUCCUCAAUUUGCCGCCGAUGUGAUGAAGCAGUAUCCAGAUAUCGACUGUGUCUUUCUCAAUGCCGGGACUCAGCGAUUUUAUGAUCUUACCAAUCCUAAAGACUUUGACGUGAAAAGUUUCCAGCACGAGAUCAACGUCAACUUCAUGAGCAAUGUUGCGUUGACUCAGGCAUUCCUUCCUUUCAUGAUGCCCAAAAACUCAAGUUUCAUAUUUACCACUUCCCUUUUGUCCAUCACCCCUCUUAGCUCGAUUCCCGCAUAUUCCGCCUCCAAAGCGGCACUGAAUUCGUUCAUUCUCUGUCUGAGAGAGCAGUUGAAAAGAAGCACCGUCAAAGUGAUCGAAGUGUCUCCUCCUCUGGUGCAAAGUGAGCUACCAUAUUCGAGUCUGAUGCGACAUACCCUCCUAACUAUAUAUCUUCUCGCAGCGGAGCUCAACGGACCCGUGGGUAUGCCAUUAAAGCAAUACGUAGAAGAAACCUGGAAAGGGUUGGAGAGCGGAAGUGACCAGGUCGUUGGGGGGACUCUCGGAAACCCGAAACUUUUCAUGAGCAUCGUUCACAAUCGUCGCAAGAUAUUCGAGGAGUAUUCAAACAGUUGGAACUAA